UUUCUAAUUUUAAAUGCAGCAAAGGAAAAAUCAACAACCUCAUCCCCCUCGGCCUCCCUCAUUAAUGAAUGCAGAUAUUUAAAUUAAUAUUUCCUCUUCUAUAAGUCAUAAUAAUGUAUAAUUGUAGUUAUGCAGAGCAAAUCCAAGUUUGGUGAAAACUGAAGACAAUGGGACCAGCUGUAAUCUUCAGUUACCCUUUUUAGUCGGAGGAACAAAUCAAGCAUUUUGCAUAUGAUUUGAUGUUAUUAUGGAGCAAAUAAUUGAGAGGUCACCAAAUGCACACAGGGGUUUUAGAGUUAAAGCUCCACUGGUUGAUUCUGUAUCAUGCUAUUGUAAAGUCGAUUCAGGCUUUAAAACUGUUGUUGGGGCAAGAAAAUUUGUCCCAGGAUCAAAAAUCUGCAUCCAACCUGAUAUAAGUCCUCACGCACACAAGAAAAAGAACUCCCGCAGAGAGAGGACCAGAUUUCAGCCACCGCUUCUGCCUGGUCUUCCUGAUGAUCUUGCAAUUGCUUGCCUCAUUCGAGUGCCUCGUGUUGAACAUAAUAAGUUGCGUCUAGUUUGCAAGAGAUGGAACAAGCUCCUGGCUGGAAACUUCUUUUACUCUCUCAGAAAAAGUCUUGGCAUGGCUGAAGAAUGGGUAUAUGUCAUAAAGAGAGAUCGUGAUGGACGGAUAUCAUGGCAUGCUUUUGACCCAACCUACCAAAUGUGGCAGCCACUUCCACCUGUGCCAGUGGAGUAUAGUUCGGCACUUGGAUUUGGCAGUGCUGUUGUAAGUGGUUGCCACCUGUACUUGUUUGGAGGAAAAGAUCCAUUAAAGGGAUCUAUGAGGCGCGUGAUCUUUUACAGUGCUAGGACAAAUAAAUGGCGCAGAGCACCAGACAUGCUUCGUAAACGGCAUUUCUUUGGUUCUUGUGUCAUUAAUAACUGUCUCUACAUUGCUGGGGGAGAAUGUGAAGGUAUCCAGAGGACACUUCGUUCAGCUGAAGUUUAUGAUCCCAACAGAAACCGCUGGAGUUUGGUCGCUGAUAUGAGCACGGCUAUGGUUCCAUUUAUCGGGGUAGUUUAUGAUGGCAAGUGGUACCUAAAAGGACUUGGAUCACACAGAGAGGUUUUGAGUGAAGCAUAUAUCCCAGAAACCAAUACUUGGACUACGGUCGAUGAUGGGAUGGUUGCUGGGUGGCGCAACCCAAGUAUCUCUAUGAACGGGAAGCUGUAUGCUCUGGACUGUCGUGAUGGUUGUAAGCUUAGAGUAUUUAAUGAAGCCACAAAUUCUUGGAACAGAUUUAUUGAUAGCAAGCUCCACCUUGGCAAUUCUCGUGCUUUAGAGGCUGCUGCCCUUGUUCCUUUGAACGAUAAGCUCUGUAUAAUCCGUAAUAAUAUGAGCAUCAGUAUGGUUGAUGUCUCAAACCCUGACAGACGAGUGGAGACCAAUCCUAAUGUUUGGGAAAAUAUUGCCAGUAAAGGUCAUUCGAGAUCACUCUUCACAAAUUUAUGGUCAAGUAUAGCUGGGCGAAGUGGAUUAAAGAGUCACAUCGUGCACUGUCAGGUUCUUCAAGCAUAAGAUAGGCCUCCCUGUCGUUCAGGCUUUUGUUAAGUAAACAUGGACUUCUGAAUGGAGCAUGAAACACAGAACAGAACAGAAAUAUGAGGUCAGGUUAUAUUUUUAUUCAAAAGAGGGAGCAAAUAUAUUGUACAUGUUUGUUGAUUGGCUCCUUUGCAGUUUGUUUCUUAUGGGUUAUUGGUAGUUUGUAGUCUUGAAGAUCUUUUGUGAAUACAAGUGGCAUUUGAACGUUGAGAA